AUGGGAAUAGAGAUCCACCCCGUAAUCCGAUUGGUGUUCUACUUUGGAUGGUUCUUCCUCAUAUGUCUGGUCGCCAAUCUACUAUUUAUCGUGACAUCGAUCCUCAUCAUGCCCUUUGAUGAACUACUGGCGUACACGAUCAAUUCGCAUAUUGCCUUCUUCUUAUGGAACCGAAUGCAGUACGUCUUCGAACACCGUCAUGGCGCUGCGAUCACCUUCUCUGGUGAUGUGAUACCUCCCAAUGAGAAUGCAAUCGUCGUCGCAAAUCACUUGUCGUAUUCUGAUUUUUACUUGAUUAAUGGGCUUGCGGGACGAAAAAAAAUGUUACCUUACGGACGAUGGUUUGUCAAGUCGGAUCUAAAGUGGCAACUACCAAUCUUUGGCUGGAGUAUGUAUUUAAUAGGAAUGGUAAUGGUGACCAGGGAUUGGUUGAAGGAUUCCGACUCAAUAAGUCAAGCUUUCAAAGGAUUGAAACAGCCUCCGGGGAUCGGUAAAAAAGUAUGGCUAGUGAGCUUCCUCGAAGGUACUAGGCUAACCCCUGAAAAACUAGAAAAGAGUCAGAAAUAUUGCAGAGACGAUGGGAAGAAAGUUUUAAACAACCUGCUUGCAGCUCGCACCAAAGGCUUUAUAGCCGCCGUGAGAGAGCUACGUAAUAGCCAAGUAACACAUGUUUAUGACGUAACUUUGGCUUACAACGGGCCAAAAGGAUUUGGGAAGGCACCGGAUAUGGUGACGAUCAACAGCUUGAGCAGAUUGAGUCCGAAAUACAAGUUCCACAUCCAUACCCGACGGUGGGCGAUCGCAGAACUUCCGAAAGACGAAUGCGAAUUGAAGAAUUGGAUCGAGGCCGUAUGGGUGGAAAAAGAUGAAUUACUAGAGGGACUCAAGAGCGAGUGGAUCAAUUGGAAAGGACUUGUCGGCUGGGGCGCCCAAGCAGGUGGAAAGUCCGGAGCAUGUGGUGUAUAUCGCGAUGCCCUCUAUCCUCCCUCCAACAAACUUCCAGCCAAGCUCGAUUAG